AUGGAUAUACAUGCUGGUUUGAAGAGUGCUUCUCCUCCUGGAAGCUUACGUGCUAACAUCCCUUGGUCCCUUGGAUGUUUUGUGCUUGGAACUUGUUCCUUCCCAGCAACUCUGCAUAUACCAAGUGAGAGAAUAAAAUUAGGCAGAAAUCAUCCACCUUCAGCCGCUGGGAAGGAGCCCAAAUCGAACCUGACCCCGUCGUUCCAUCUUCGUUCGAAAGGAGCCCGUUCAUCAUUGUUGGAAGGGUUUUCUCCUGUGCGGGUUUCUUCUCCAAAUCCCCAAUUUUCCUCUCCUUCUUGGUGCGUUCAAGACCAUCCCUUGGGAGAUUCAGCAAGGUGUAUACGUCUCAGGCAUAAGUGA